AUGCCUAAGGAAAUAAAAUUCUCACCUUCAAUGCAUCAAUCACUACCGUCAAUUCAAAUGCCAUUUCCACCACCACACCUCGACAUUGAAAUCUACCUCACGAAAACACUCGCAAAAACUAAGAACAGUACAAGACGUGGAAAACCACCAAACGAAUGGAUGUUGUAUCGUUGGGCAUUUGAUAAUUUUCUGAAAACUUGUCCUUCAUCAAUUUCACAGUUAAUCUCUACCACCGAGACAACUACGAAUCAUCAAUGUUAUAAUAACAAUGAUGAUUUUGGUAAUAAUAAUGAUCUUAAAACAAUUGGUGUAAGCAAAAUUCCGCAGACGAAAGUCUCAAAAUUAGCUGGCAUUAGUUGGAAAAGAGAGCCAGAGAAAGUUAAACAGUAUUAUAAGAAGUUGGCUAGAGACGCUCAAUUACGGUUUAGAGAAGAAUCACCUGCUUACUUUAAACCUACUGUUGUUUGGAAUAAUGAACCAAAAAAAUUAAAAGAACAACAUCAUCAAGAACAGAAUCUUAAUGAUGACAAAAACAAUGUAAUUGCGACCUUUCCUGAUCAACUAUAUGAAGAUCCAAUAGUAUAUUCGUCGCCAAAUUUAUUAUUCGAUUUCAAAAAUCUACCGAGCCAACAACAAUCUUCUUUCUACAGCCAUUCUUCCGACUCUGAUAAUUGCCAAUAUAAUGUCUCGAUAAGAAAAGAAAAACUCCAAAUGUCUUCGCCGUCAAUUGUUAUUGGGCGUGGCGCAAUGGGUGAAGUUCAUUUGGGAACCUAUCAAGGAAAACAAGUUGUAAUAAAGAGAAGUCAGCGUGAUAUAGAUGUACUUUUAAAAGAAUACAGCAAUUACUUUAGACUACAAAACCAUCAUAAUCUUUUAAAAUUCUAUGGAGUUGUACGAGAGGAAAAACAUAUAUAUUCACUAGUGCUGGAAUACGCACCAAAUGGCAAUCUAUCUAAUUAUCUAAAAGUUAAUACAGUCACCUGGGAAUGGAAAGCAAAAGUUUGUCGUGAUAUCGCACUCGGAUUAAUACAUUGUCAUAAUUUAAAUGUGCUGCAUUUCGAUUUGAAACCCGAGAAUGUGCUAUUGAGUGCUUCCUGUGUACCGAAAUUGGCGGAUUUCGGAGUCUCGAAAACGAGAACCCGAAUGGUUCUGGAUAAUAAUAAGGCGGGUGGAACGUUAAAUUACGUGGCGCCUGAACGCGUUUGUCGUGAAGAAAAGAUGCGAACAUUUUUUGAAAAAUUCCCUAAAUUAUCGGAUGUCUAUUCGUAUGGGUUAAUUCUAUGGUCAGUGGCCCUAGACGGAGAUCAUCCAUAUGAUGGUAAGGAUGAUGAUGAAAUAAAAGAAGAGAAACGAUCACCACAAUCUACCUUACGGUUAAUGAAACAAUUGCCAAAAGCCACGCCCGAGGCUUUUUCUCAACUGAUAUUCGAAUUAAUACAAUAUAAUCCUCAAGAAAGAAAGGAACUUACUACUGUUAGUCUUGAAUUGGAAUAUCUCUAUGAUGACGAUGAUGAUCAUCAUCCGGAUGAUGUAGACACUGAAAGCCUGCGCAUUGACUUUUACUCUGAUGAUGAAGAUGACUCGUCACACAAAGGAACAGAUCCAGACUUUUCCGAUAAUAAUAUAGAUAGUUGCGUAUCUGAUCAUAGUCGAAUAGUGUCAACGUCAACUACAAUUGAAAGUUCAGUUCCUAGUGAAAAAGAAAUUGACGGAUAUCUUGAAAAAGAGAAUAUUGUAUCACAGGAAAAAUUAAUACAAGAUAACAGUAGUUAUAUUCAAAAUAAAUCAGACCUACGUCAAGAGAAAGCAAUAAGACCAAGCAUAAAGACAUUUCUACAAAAAAGUAUUGUUGAAGCUCCCCAAUCAAUCCAAGAACCUCCAAGGUUGCGAUCACCACCUUCAUCAGGCGGUACCACUGAUAGUGAAUCUCAAGCUACCUUGGUGAGUUCACCAAGGACACCAAGGACACCAAAGACACCUGAAUCCGGAAUCUUCGUGGCAAAAAAUCCCGAAGAAAAAAUUAUUGAAGAUGCGUUAAAUAUUCUCACUGAAUGGGAAAAAGUGACUGACGAUGUAAUGUCAAGAAGACUCGUUCAAUUGGCCGAUGCGAAAAGAAUUGUAGCAUAUGAAUUACUUAAUUUGUUCUUAAUGGAGAAAUAUCCAACACAAGACACUUACUUUGCUAUCGGAUUUAUGAGUGAACAUGGUGUUGGAAAAUCACGAAAUCCAGAACUCGCUUUCCAAAGUUAUCAAAGAGCAGCAGAUUUGGGAGAUGUACGCUCGGAAAUAUAUCUCGGAUGGUGUUACUAUAAAGGAAUAGGCAUCGGAAAAGAUCCUCAUAAAGCGUUUGAUUGUUUCAAAAGUGCUGCCAAUAAAGGAUGUGUAUCUGCAAUAAACAACGAAAGGAUUUUAUAUGGCCCUUUAAGAGCAAGUACAACUCCUUGA